AUGGCUUAUUUCGGAGUGCCCGCGAUAGGGUGUAAGGUUGUUCUCAUUCUUUACUCGUGCUGCCACAAGUGUGGUUCUUUCAUUCAAGAGAUGGAAGAUGACUAUGACAUUACAAAAACGGAGAUGUGGUUAGAUCGAGUGCAUCGGAACCUCACAUUCAAAACGAAUACAUCUAAGACUACUACUACAACAACUACUACUACCGUCAAUAACGAUGUUGCUUCUAAUUACGUGAUUAAAAUCACCCCUAAAAGCUUGUUAUACGCUGUCUUGAUAGUUGGAGUAUUCAUGAUGUUGUUUGUUAUGAUGCUAUCUAUUAAAUGUUGCCAAAAUCGAAGAAAUGCUCAAGCCUUAAGAGGUCAUAAGCUCAAAGAAGGAAGACGAAAAUCCAGAAAACACAGACACACCGAGUCUAUGGACGAUGAGGAGAGAUCUGAAGGGAUCGACGAUGAAGAGUACAGUCUACCAGCUUUCGAACACAAACAACAAAGACGCAAACAAAAACAUGCCAGGUUUUCGGAAGAUGAGAAG